AUGUCUCUCUCUCCCAGCGACAGCAACUCUAAGACACGGCUCCAUGGAGAUGCUUCAGCCGGGCUUGCCGAUCGCUGCACUACGUCUACCACUGUGGAGCCUUCGGCCCCCACCGCGAAGCCUCCGGGUCCGCCUCCCAAGUCCAUACUAGAUGACGAUGACCCCAUUCUCCCCAAUAUGAAUGGACGGAGCUCGGAUGGGAAGAAGAUAGUGCUAGUGCCCUCCCCGGUCAGCCUGAUUGUCUCACACAGGCAUAAAAAUAAGAACAUUUCUGGCAAACAGCUCGGAAUUGGGUGGAAGCGGGAAAUUCAUCCAGAGGGAAAGGUGUACUUCCGCUACAAAAACGUCUACACUGACGCCUGGUUGUACGAAGACAGUACUCUCCACAAUCUUGAAGCCGCUGUGGCCAUACUCUGCCGACUGAUGAAGGUCCGCGAAGGCGAAGACGGCCCUCUGCCAGGCAACAUUGAGAUUGGUAUACACCUGAUAGACAAAGACGGUGUCAAGGGAUGGUUUGGUAGAAAUCGAGAGGAUUCGGUCAUCCAGGGAUGCUACCAUAUCUGUGACAUGGAAGAGAAGGAUUGUUCUGGGUCGAUGAUGUCGACGCCGACAUCGUCUGGAACGACCUCGAUCACAAGAUUGUCGGAAGGGAACACCUUCAUCUUGCAGCCAAGGCCGCUUACUGGGAACACAUACCUCUUCCCUCAUCAUCGGACCGUCUCAGGACAUGAGCUCAACGACUUGCGCGAGAAACUAGCGUUCUGGACGUUCGACGCAGGGAACUCGAAGGCGUCGACAUCACCGUACACUGCGAACGAGCUGAAGGAUUUCUCAAGGAUAGUUGGGAAAAUUGAGUGUUUCAGGGAGACUGAAAGGCGCACUCCAUUCCUGAACUGCCUGUCCUUCUACACGGCAGCGUCAUAUUACGUCAACCUCAAUCACCUGUGGAUCGGGAGGAAGAUGAGCACGAGUCGAUGGAACGACUUCGUGAUUCAGCUACAAGACGACUGGUACGACGCCAUUACUCCGGCGACAGUCAUAUUAGCCGCCAACCUGAGUUUCCUCGCCAUAUCUUCGGUCGACGACAGCGGCCUUCCUCACUCGGAACGCAGUCUGGGUCAGAUUGUCAGUUACAUAUCACUUAUCCUCAACGUGGCCAACAUCUCCGCCUCGACAAUAUUGGCAAGGCAACAUCGCUCCGGCGAUCAUUCGAGCUUCGAGGGCGAGCCACCGAAAGGUGGUCCGCACAAGCAGCAGCUCCAAGAGCUGGAACGACUUGCAGUGAUCUUCAGCAUCCCGGCCACAUUCUUCUGGUGGGGGCUCCUCACCUUCUUCAUUUCCAUCGGGUGGAUCUGCCUUAACCGCACCGCACAGCCUACGAGAUACACAGUCGUGGUCACCAUCGUGCUGUAA